UUUUAUAAUGUUAUCAGUGAAGAGAUAGUUAAAAACCAUACAAAUAUUAUAGCUGAUGAAGGAUAUUUGGACGUUGGUUAUAGAUAUAUAAAUCUUGAUGAUGCUUGGCAAAAUUCUUCUCGAGUGGAUGGAAAACUCGUUUCCAUAUUUCCUAAUGGAAUUAAAGCUCUUUCAGAUUAUGUACAUAGCAAAGGCUUACUUUUUGGAAUUUACUCAUCUGCUGGAAAUCUUACUUGUCUUGCACGUCCUGGAUCACUAAAUUUCGAAACAAUAGAUGCUGAAACAUUCGUAGAAUGGGGUGUUGACUAUUUAAAGUAUGAUAAUUGUCACAGUGAUGGAAGUCCUGAACAAGAACGUUAUCAGCGAAUGCGGGAUGCACUAACGUUGGCAACUAAAGGCAAUAAAACUCAAAUUUAUUAUAGUAUCUGUGAAUGGGGGAAAAGUAAUCCUUGGUUGUGGGCACCUGGUGUUGGUAAUAGUUGGAGAAUUUCUGCUGAUAUUCAAAGGGUCUGGCCAUCAAUCGUAGCGAUAAUAGAUUCGCAAGCAAGACUUACUCAAUAUGGAGGACCAGGCGGUUGGAAUGAUCCUGAUAUGCUUAUUGUGGGCUUUGAUGCGAUAACUUUCGACGAACAAGUAACCCAUUUUGCAUUUUGGGCUGCUCUGAAGGCUCCUUUAAUACUCGGAUGUGAUCUCGCUAAGAUUAGUGGGGAUAUUAAAAAAUUAGUAACAAAUAUUGAUAUAAUUUCUGUGAAUCAAGAUCCCCUUGGAAAAUCUGUAUCUCAGGUUUACCAUGAAGAUACAAACACGAGUUCUUUUGAUAUUUGGACUGGACCACUUAGUGAUGGAUGCGUUGCAAUUUUAUUUAAUCGUGGAAUAUCACCUAUAAAUAUUACAUUAAAUUUUAAGAAUCAUUGUCGUCUUACGGGUAAUAUUAUGAUUCGGGAUCUUGUGAAGCAAACGAAUAUCAGAAAUUCUACUACUGAUAG